AUGCCGCACAGUCUGACGGUCCUCACUGCCGCGAUGACAGGUGGGGUCGUAGGAGGGCCUGCGACUGCAGCCAGCGGGGGGUGCUGUGGAUGGUGCCCGUGGUGCCCCUGCUGUCCCGCUGCAGCAGCCGCACCAGCGGCGCACGCUGGCAUGACUUUCGGAGGCGGAGCGGUUCCUGGAGCCGUCGCAACUCCAGCAGGCGCAGCGCUGGCUCCAGGCGCCGUUCCGGGCGGUUGGGGCGCUGGAACUGCAGCUGGGGGCUACGGAGCCACAGUGGCUCCAGGCGCAGCUGGAACCGCUGGUUACGGCACAGGUGGCUAUUACGGCGCUGCGGCGCAGCCCGCAUUAACAGCGGUGAUGGCGUGGUUCACUGGGGUCAAUGACGAGGCUGGGAGGCUUCUGAGAGAACUCAGAGAAAAAAGGAAUCGUCAACAAGGAGAUGAAGGAAGCAAGGAAGGUUUCGAUGGAGAGCUCAGUGAAGCCAGCACGUCUACUUCUUCAGGGUCGUGCCAUUUCCGUCGCCGGAGGGAAUCCCAUGCUAGGUCAGGGAGACGAGUGAGGCUGUCUCCAGCCAGCACUCGCAGUGUGAGUGGACACAGUACAUUCUCCUUGGAUUUUAUUUAG